AUGAAUUUGAAAAUCUUCUUGGCAAUAGUUUUGCUUUUUGGAAUUGUAGACAAGUUUAAUGCUGCAGAACGUAGAAAACGCGCUAUCGAAAAUUUGUUGAAUCGAUUAGGUUCGACUAGAAAUCAGUCACUGGGAGAUUACAUAGAUUUUUCCGAAUUCUUAGGAUUGGAUUACGGAGAUCGAAAUCCUCCGUUGAGAAAGUCCUAUGACUUCAUAGUUGUAGGCGCUGGUCCUGCUGGAUGCGCAGUGGCCAACAGUUUAUCGAAAAACCCAGAUAUCACAGUGCUUUUGCUUGAGCUCGGGAAAUCUGAAAUACCUUUAGCCCAGGACGUUCCUGCCACUUUUUUGACGCAAUCCUCAACGGAUUAUAACUUCGGUUACGUCACAAAUCGUCAAACUGGAGGUUGUUUAGGACUAAUCGAUCAGCGCUGUGGUUGGCAUCAUGGAAGAGGACUGGGAGGAUCUACGUUGAUCAAUAGUAUGAUCUACAGUCGAGGCAACUGGAGAGAUUUCGAUGCUUGGAAUGCGUCUGGAAAUCCUGGAUGGAGCUGGAAGGAAGUUUUACCAUAUUUCAUCAAGGCAGAGGACGCGAAUAUACGUGAUUUUGAAGGAAACGGAUUUCAUGGCACCGGCGGAUAUUUGGCUGUGGAAAAUUCUGGCGAUAGUACUCCUUUGGCUCCAACUAUGGUGGAGGCAGCUCAACAAUUCGGCUUACCUUACAUUGAUUACAAUAGUGGGAAUCAACUUGGGACUUCAUUCACCCAGUACAAUACCAAAAGAGGACUGCGGUGGUCUGCUGCAAGAGCAUUAUUGAAUCCUAUAAGGCACCGCAAAAACCUUCACGUCUUAACAAAAGCGUGGGUAACGAAAAUUCUCAUCGACGAAAGCUCCAACACAGCUUAUGGUGUUGAGUAUACUAGAAACAAAAAGCGUUUUAGAGUGAGAGCAAAACGAGAAGUGGUAUUAUCAGCUGGUGCAUUCGGUAGUGCUAAACUGUUGAUGCUAUCCGGUGUAGGACCAGAAGAUCAUCUUAAAAGUCUUGGUAUACAAGUGUUUAAGAAUCUUCCUGUUGGGGAGUCCCUUUACGAGCAUCCGGGUGUUAUCGGUCCUGUUUUUGUAGUAAACCGACCCGUUGAUAAUACCUUCAAUAUUGAUUCCAUUAUAAAUUUGCAAAAUUCAGCUGCUUAUCUUGUGGGGAGAGGACUAUUCACUUCACCGUACACAGAAUCUUUGACCUUUGUGAAAACUCCAUUUUCUCCGUACCCAGAUCGCGAAUAUCCAGACGUGGAAUUGAUACAAGUGGGACUUCAAGCCGGCGAUGAUCUAUCGCCUUCACCCCGAAACUUUUUCCGCUUGAACGAUACGAUUUUGAACGAUUACUUCAGGGCUUUAUACGACGUCCGGGCAUUCAUGUUUCUUCCAUUGCUGAUGCACUCCAGAACUAAAGGAUCAAUGACACUGAAAUCCCAGAACCCAUUUGCCCAUCCUGUUUUCAAUUACAAUUACUUUGAAGAUGAGCGUGACUUGGAAGCCUUGGUUUACGGCAUAAAAACCGCCAUAGCAAUCACUAAGCAGCAACCGUUCCAAGAGUUGGGGGUCGAACUGUACCAGAAAAAGCUUCCAGGAUGUGAGGCGUUUGUAUUCAACACCGAUCAUUACUGGCGAUGCUACACGAGGGUCGUAACAACUACAUUUUAUCACUAUAUAGCAACAUGUAAAAUGGGUCCUGAAUCUGAUCCAACUUCGGUUGUCGACGCCAGGCUGCGGAUGCAUGGUAUGAAAAAUUUGCGUGUCGUUGAUGCCGGAAUAAUUCCGCGACCGCCGUCCGCACACUUGGUGGCAAUUGCGUACAUGAUCGGCGAUAAAGGAGCAGACAUGAUAAAAGAAGAUAACGGAAUAUGGUAA